CCGCCUCCCUCCCGCCCUACGUGCGGGGCCGCCGCCGCCUGGCCCCCCCACCCCGCCCGCCUCGCUCCCACUUAAGAGGCGUGUGGGCCUCACGGGUUGUCUUUCUGUCCGCCUUUCCCCGCUGCCUGUAGAGAAGAUGGCAGCGGAGGCGGCUGCAGAGGCCUCGCUAGCGCCGCUGUCCCCCGAGCAGAGGCAGCCGGGGCGGGAGGACGAUGCUGAGGAGAAGCCCGAAGGCGGCGAUGACGAGACCGCGGCGCUCAAUGGUGUAGAGUUCUCUGGAGAAGUGAAAAGCAACAACCUGGAUGUGAAAGUUAAGUCAGAAUUGGAAGCGGAAGAAAAAGGAAUGGAGCAAGAAUCCACGAGGGAAUCUGAUAGCACCAUUUUGGAUGUAUCAUCAGACUACCCCAGAGAGAAACAUAUUUCAAUUCAAAGACAUCUUGCUGAUCUAGAGAAAUUAGCUGAUCUGAAAGAAGGUGAGUUUACCAUGGCAGUAUCCCAGAACACAGAUCAGCACGUUACAGAUGAAAAGAAGCCUUGUCCAUUGUGUCCCGAGGAGAAAUUAAAAGCUUGUUACGGUCCUAAGCUCCAUCGUCACCUUCAGAAUUUGCACUGGAAAGUUUCUGUUGAAUUUGAAGGGUACAGAAUGUGCAUCUGCCACUUACCUUGUCAUCCAGUAAAACCAAACCUUGUUGGAGAGCAGACACUUUCAAAGAUGGGAGCCCAUUACCACUGUAUCAUCUGCUCAGCAACUAUCACACGAAGAACUGACAUGAUCAGUCACAUUAAUCGUCAUGUGAAUAAAGGAGAAACUGAGUCAAGGUUUAUUACAGUUCCUGCUCCCAAGUCUUCUGAAGUGCUGAAGGAGUUGGCCACAGAUGUGCAGGUUCUUCCCAACUACUCCACACCUCAGAAAACUGAUUCCUAUUUUAAUCCUAAAAUGAAACUCAACCGGCAAUUGAUAUUCUGCGCACUAGCCGUUCUAGCUGAGGAACGUAAACCGAUAGAAUGUUUGGAUGCUUUUGGUGCCACUGGUAUCAUGGGAUUACAGUGGGCAAAGCAUCUCAGGAGUGCUGUGAAAGUUACAAUUAACGAUUGUAAUGAAAAUUCUGUGACAAUGAUUCGGGAAAACUGCCACUUAAACAAAAUGAAGGUGAAACUUGAAUCUAUGGAGGAAGAUAAUGGUGAAGCUAUGGCAGAUGGAGCAGAUGGAGAAGAAAAUACUGACACCAUUGAAGUGACAAGAAUGGACGCCAAUGUUAUAAUGCAUUUGAGAGCAUUUGAUUUUAUCCAUUUGGACCCCUUUGGAACUUCUGUGAAUUACCUGGAUUCUGCCUUCAGAAAUGUGAGAAACCUUGGAAUUGUGUCACUGACGUCCACAGACACCAGUUCUCUGUACGCAAAGGCCCAACACGUUGCCCUACGUCAUUAUGGGUGUAAUAUUGUUCGAACAGAGUACUACAAGGAACUGGGAGCCAGAAUGAUAAUUGCUGCUGUGACAAGAGCUGCAGCUCGCUGUAACAAAGCCAUUGAAGUUUUACUCGCAGUGGCUCUAGAACAUUUUGUUCUAGUAGUGGUCAGAGUUUUAAGGGGACCAUCCACCGCGGAUGAUUCAGUAAAGAAAAUAAGAUACCUCAUCCAUUGCCAGUGGUGCGAAGAGAGAAUUUUUCAGAAACAGGGUAGUAUGGCAGAAGAAAACCCGUAUCAGCAGCUGCCUUGUGAUUGUCACAGCAGUAUGCCUGGGAAGACAGCGGUUGUUCUUGGUCCUCUCUGGUCAGGGUCCAUCUUCAACAGCGGGUUCCUCAGAAGAAUGCUGGUUGAGGCUGUCCAGCAUGGUCUGGAUGAAGCUCAGCCACUUCUGAAGACGUUAGUUUGCGAAGCAGAGUGUACAACUUCAAAACUUUCUACCCAUAGCCCUUCUGAUGAGAACAAACAAGAAGAAUGUGGCGUAUAUAUUAGAACAGCAAAUACUUCUGCAGAAUCCUACUUGAUACAUGGAAAAAGAAAAAGUGAUGAAGUGCUUCGAAAUGCAGCCAAGCGCCAAAAAUCUGAGAACAGUGCUGAGCACCCUGCGUUUUACUACAAUAUCCACAGACACAGUAUUAGAGGAAUGAACAUGCCAAAGUUAAAUAAGUUUUUAAACUAUCUCUCCGAAGCGGGAUACAGAGUCAGCAGAACCCACUUUGAUCCCAUGGGAGUCCGCACGAACGCCCCCUUGGCGCAGUUUAAGACCGUCCUGAUGAAGUACAGCACCCCCACGUACACGGGGGGCCAGGCGGAGGGUCCCGGCCACCGACCAGGGGACAUCCAGCAAGGAGAACAGGCUCACAGCAAGGCAGACGGCAAGGUGGACGAUGCCGAGUUCCUGGAAGACGACAAAUCUGCGGUCGCCGCUGCCUUGUUGACAAAAGACUGCCCCGCUCCCUGCGCAGCUGAUUAACACAAACCAUCCUGUUUGCAGAGCGGGAUGUUACGGACUGCGAGCGCACCCUGUUUCAGUAAGCCAGUACUUCUCACCAAACUGGAUUUAGAAAACUUGAGCUGCCUGCUAUUUUAAUUUGAAAAAGACACUUUAGAAUUGUUCACAGUGUGUGUGGUCAAGGUACUGCUGCUGCAGGAAGGUCUCAGAGGGAGUUUCUUGCAUCCACUUUGGCACUGAGGCUUGGUGGCUGCUCCUGAGCCCUUGGUAACACCUUAUUGCCAGCACAGAACCCAGCAGGGUGGAUGAGGCUGAAUGUCUUCAGCAUUUCUCAACAGGAGGUUAAUAUGAAACACAGUAUUCCUGAAAUGAAUCAUUCCUAACACCUGACUGGCUACAGUUCAGUUAAGAUGAUAAAAUAAGACAGGAUAAAAUCCAGAAAACCCUUGGUGUGCUGCUCGCUCCAGAUGGCACGUGUAAUUUGGCGUUCGGUUCUGUUUUCAUAGUCCUACCUACAAGCAAGGACCUAACUCAAGUGAGAGCAGAAAGAAAUUGUUCCACGACUGUUCCUGAAACUCCAGUUUAUCCAAACCUUAGUGAGUUGUGUUUGUCACCCUCGGUAGGCAUUUGUGCGGCGGUGACGUUUGGUUGGGUACUGCAAAAAGGAGCAGUGACAAGACACCCUAAGUUCCAGGUGACAUUUUGCUAUGAAUCUGUCAUUAAAGUCUUAGUUGUUUAAAAGAUCUCUUCUGUGAACAAGCAAAGAGGUGCUGCGGUGGGAGUUGGGUCUGGUUCCUUAAAUACAUGGCAGCAUUCCAGUCAAA